UCUCAGCCAGUCCCAGAUAAGAAAGGGGCAGAAGCAACUCUCCUUAGCCUCUCUCUUCAGAAACUGGAGCCACCAGACAAGAGUGGGAGUUUUCUUUUAUCAUCUUUUAUUUUCUUCUUUUCUCUUUUAUUUCUGGACAGUUGAAGACAGAGUGGUCCAUUUCAGAUGCCUUUUAUUUACAUGCAGCUUUAAAUCUUUUCUUCCCAUAUUGCCUUUUAAACAGCUCCAGUUUGGGUAUCACUCUUCAUCAUCCUCACAUCACUUCUUACUCCCUUUAUUUUCCUCUCCUCUUAUCUGUUUAGCUUUCUUUGGCCACGUUUUUUCUUUGGUGGAUCUGGACCUUCACUGUUUGAGACGAGAGGGAAUUGAAACAAAACCAUGAAAGACCUGCCCAGUGUCAAGCCAAUGGACCCAUCCUAAAACAAUCUGAUCAACACCACAGGGAACAAAGAGAACACCCAGGGACGAAAACAGAAGACAGCAGAUCUGAUGAACGUCUUCACUGCACAUGAGGAGAGAACAGGUGUUGCUUUCUGCUGCUUGUGCUCUACAAGAUAAGUGACCUCUUUAGAGCUAUAAGAACACACUAAAGAGAUUUUGAUCUAGGGUCAGACUCAUGGAUUGACUGUAAGGUGCAGAAACUCCUGCACAGAUGUUUUCCUAAAGUGAACUGGGGUCAAAGUGUGAAUGAGCUUCUCUUGAGCCUCUCUGCUCUGAGUGAAAACAUUUAAAUACAGGCGAAGAGCGUGUCAUGAAAGGCUUAAAUCUCACCUGGGGGUUGCUGGUUCUUCUGCUGCUGUGGACCUUUUCGGCUGUCACUGAUGCAGCCGGUGCAGAACGAGGAGGAAGAAGCCAGAGAAGAGGAGGAGGUGGAGGUGGCAGCAGCGGAGGUUCAGAGAAGCGGAGGAGGUUUCACCGCAUCCAGCAUGGCCAGUGCAGCUACACCUUCAUCCUGCCGGAGCUGGACGGAUGCCAGGGUGGAGGAUCACCACCGCAGACGGAGCAAUACGGUGGGCCUCGUGGCGGGACAAGUGUCGUGCAGAGAGAUUCUCCACCUGUAGACGGUGAAUGGUCGGCCCAGAAACUGCAGCACCUGGAGAGCACAAUGGAGAACAACACGCAGUGGCUGCACAAGCUGGAGAACUUCAUUCAGAGGAGCAUGAGGCGGGACGUUGCCAACAUACAGUCACAUGUCGUUCACAACCAAACAGCGACCAUGCUGGAAAUCGGGACGAACCUCCUCACACACACAGCAGAGCAGACACGCAAACUGAACGUGGUCGAAGCCAAGGUGCUGAACCACACGUCUCGGAUAGAGAUUCAGCUUCUGGAGAAUUCUCUGUCCACCAACAAGCUUGAAAAGGAGCUGCUGCUACAGACGUCUGAGAUCAGUCAGCUGCGAGACAAAAACAGUCGUUUAGAGAGUAAAGUUCAGAUGUUGGAGUCUCAGCAGAGAGGAGAGCUGGAGGACAUGAGAGUGGAGAAGAACCGACUGCAGUCUGUCGUCAGGAAUCAGAUGGCAGCGAUCGAGGCUUUAGAGAGGCAGCUGCGAGUGGCCAGCAGCAACAACAGCGCCCUGCAGAGACAGCAGGCCCAGCUAAUGGAGUCAGUCCACACACUCAUCACCAUGGUGGCCAGUACUACAGGUACACACACUGUUCUUACUGCAUGUUUACAUGUAAAACAAUGUGUAAAUACCUGCUUUCAGAGUUCACUACAUUGUAUUGUGUGUUUGUGUGCAGGGUCCCCUCCUCGGACACAGAUGUGGAGGGACUGUGCAGAUGUUUACAAGGCUGGUCACUCUGUCAGCGGUCUAUAUCACAUCUACAUGGGAAACAGGACUGAACCUGUGCAGGUGUACUGUGACAUGGAGACAAGUGGUGGAGGUUGGACGGUGUUCCAGCAGCGGUUUAAUGGCAGCGUAGACUUCCAGAGGAGCUGGCGGGAGUACAAACUGGGUUUCGGGGAUGUGUCAGGAGAGCACUGGCUGGGGAAUGAGGUUUUACACCUGAUGACCAGUCAGGCCCAGUACUCUCUGAGAGUGGAGCUGAAGGACUGGGAGGGAAACACUGCCCACUCCCAGUACGACCGCUUUACACUGACCAGUGAGAGACAGCAGUACAGGUUGUAUCUGAGAGGCUACAGCGGUACAGCAGGAAGGCAGAGCAGCCUGACCACACAUGGGACCGCCUUCAGCACCCGAGACCAGGACAACGACAACUGCGACCACUGCAAAUGUGCUCUGAUGCUCACUGGAGGUUGGUGGUUUGACGCCUGUGGUUUCUCCAACUUGAACGGUAUCUACUACACCGUCGGCCACAACAUCAGGAAGCUCAACGGCAUCAAGUGGCACCACUUCCGAGGCCCCAGCUACUCCCUGCGCUCCACCUCCAUGAUGGUACGACCCUACGACUUCUAACCCCUGCAUUUCCAGAAUGGUUUGGUCCACGACGUCUGACAGCAGCCCAGAAUGCCUUCCUAAUGAUGUGCAACCUUGAAAUAAUUCCCCUCCACCCUUUGGAUCCAACAUGUGCAGCCAUGAUGGUGAAACUCCACCUCCAUGCUCUUGCAGCAAGUUACUUCACUUGAACUUUGUGUGCCGCUUCUUGACCAGGUCGUAACUGAAAAUGAGAACCAGUUCUGAACUAACUUACCUGGUAAAACAAAGGUUAAAUAAAAUAAAUAAAUAUUUCAUAUUUCUUGA